AUGGCCGUCGCCAUUUCUCUGUUUAACGCUAGCCUUUUGUUCAUCCUGACAUUUUCGUUGUCACACAUUUCUGGAAGAAAACCCCAGUGGCCCGCAGGAAUGACAGAGUUUCCGAUAAUACCUGGUCGGCCAUUGAAAAUAUUUUCUCCUUGCGUCGAAGCUGCUGACACCUUGCAAGAAUUUGACUGGCCGGAGUUCACAGCUUCUUCCAUAUCCCGUCGUGUAAACACGUCUGCCUACAUUCCUUCCUCUACUUCUUCCCGGGGGCCAUCUUCUGUGCUUCUUAAAAGACUAAGGACCCCUGGAUCUCCCAGUGGCGAAAUUCCAAAUUUUCUUUCCACCGACGGGCCUCUUGACAGCUUUAUGCCUAAAAAAUCGAUUAUCUUCACCAGUUCCUGCUGUUUUGGUAUGAGCUCCACCGCCGUUCUUAUAAUCGCACUUAUAGCCUUCAUGUCUCUCUCUCUAAGUCUGUCUAUCUAUCUAUCUAUCUAUCUAUCUAUCUAUCUAUCUAUAUAUAUUGGCGAUUUCAAAAUCGACGAGACGACAAAGACUGGAAUGAUCGUAGAAAACGCUGCAGAUACUUGCGAUGACCCACGUGUGACGAAUUCUGAGCCAGAAAGCUCGCAAUCCCUCGAGCCGAAAGAUUCCUCUUCCGAAGGUGACGAAGAAGUCACUACCACCAACCCAAAGCAGACAGGCGUGCAUUUUCUUCCCCUCCAAUCAAAAGAGGCCAAAAUAUUCUUCCUGAUUCUCUGUGCCAUCGUUGUAUUGCCAUUUCUGUUUGGUCUCUGGGACCAUUUGUGCGUCCGUCGCUCAAAUCGGGAAGAAACUCCCAGUCUCAACUACUCGCUCGCUAAUAUUUCCGAAAUUACGGAUACUGGCACGCUUGGAAACCGUCUUGUUGCCCGAACGACACGACUGAUGGCGCGCUUGAUGAACUGGAUUGUAUUUCGUGAAUUCAUCCCGAGAACCAUAGGGAACCAAUCUCUCAACAUCUCAUUUAAUUCCAUGAAUUCUAACCUUUCCCUGCCUCAACCACCUAGACGAAGCCUCCUUCAGAAACGUGACAAAGGAAGUUCUUCUAUCCCUCCUCAUUUUGAACAGUGA